AUGCAAGUCAUUGAACCUCCUAUCGAGAGACCAAGCACUUCGAGGGAUACCUUAACCGAUUUGGAUCAGAGUCCAGCCGAGUCAAGAUCUACACUGCCUGCCGGCUUAGAGUCGACGGCGGAACAAACCAGUUUAUCGCACCAUCCAACCAGCACUAGUGUAUUGAUUCAGCCUUCUGUUCUCCCUCCGACUCAAACGGUGACUUCCCCAACAGUUGAUAGUUUAAGCAAGCCAACAUGCUCUUUAAAUCUCAUGUGCUAUAGGUCCGGUAGCCAGGGCUGUAUACGACGCCAGAUCCAGGUUGCUAGUCUAGCCAGAUUGACUGCGUCUACACUCGAUGUGUCCGAAAAACCUUGGAAGGAAAACGCGAGUAUGAUUCUUAACGAUCGACAGUUCUUCCAUGCCCUCCAUCAGGAGUAUGAACAACACAUUCGCGGCUUCUGGCGACGCUACCUGUCACUCAAAACGCUGAGGCGGAUUCGAGUUCUAUCAUAUACACCUACUACCCGCCCGGAAGUUGUGCCAAUGCACGACUUCACUCUACAAGAGGUCUUCUAUGCGUAUCAACAUCCGAAAAGUAUCGAAACAGAAUCGGAGUGGAUUGACUGGGUAUUUCGUCUACGUCAGGCCGACCGACGUCAUGCUCUGGAGUUCGUUGAAGAUUGGAGCGGCUUUCGCAUCGGGAUCGUUGGGUCAGUGCCGUGGGUAGUAGCGACUUUAGUCGGCGUUACAUGGACGGCGAGAGGCGGUGACGCACAGACGGCGUUUACAGUCGCUGCAUUUAUACUGACUGUUGGGACUUCUUUGCUGGCGCUUCUCGCUAUCGUCAGCAAAAUUGAGUCGUGA